AUGGGAAAGCAGAAACCUAGGCGUCCCCCGAAACUGCCUGAUGCAGGGUCCGGCCAGUUGGAAGGGACUAAUAUUCGCGACUACCUUCCCCAGUCUGAGAAAUGCCAAGCUCAAGUGAGAAGUCUCAACUCUGACGGUGAACUGCUGAACGACUGGAAUGUCGAUCAUCGUCAACCUGGUGUCACCACGAAGCUUGUGUUUAGACAUGACGACCCAUUUCCCUGUGCCGAUAUCCAAGCAACUAUCACCUACAUGGAGAACUGA